GGCGACUUCCGACCACCAACAGAUCUUGUUCUGAGAAGCUACUAAGCAGCACAUCCCUUGUCCACUGCACCCUCCUGUGAAGCAUCACUUAUAGUCCUUCUGGGAAAGUGGUGGUAGCUGAUGAAUCACGAUACCUCAUAGAGCACAAGCAAAUACGUCAUUUGUCCAAGUUCUCACCCACCGUCACAUACCCCAGCAGAUCCUCGCAAUCUAAGCCACUACUCUAAUGGUCAACGGAGAGACGUAGGUGGAUAGCCUUGUCUCCUCUGGACUGAGAGGCUUUCUACUCUCCCACUGGUCACUUGGACCGCACGAUCACGAUAACGACGGCGUCAACAUUAGGCACACAAGGAUAUGUCUCUCGCAACUACAAUUAAGCCCACAGUUAGCUUUCGCCGCCAACAUCUGUCUACUUAGUCCCCUUUACUUACCCGCUCCACGCAGUCAUCUCCGAGUGAGACGUCCAAGGAUACUUUCGCAUCUAUGCAUUUGGCAUGAGAAUCCCUCAACCUCUAAAGAACUCCUUGAUACGAGAUCCAUCGCCCCACGGGCGGCAUCUCCAUGCUCGCGGGAAUAUAUGAACCUGGGACGUCCCAAUCAUAUCACGAGCUCAACAUGCCACUGAACUCAUGCUGCAUGCUUUGAUGCCUGCUUCGUGCGAGAGCCAAGCAUCGCCAAUCGGAUCAAGCCAUAUCACAAAUCAGUCAUGCAGCCGCGGCCUACCUUCGGCAUGCGCCCUUGAUUGGAAAACUUCUCAAUUCCCAUAGCUAAGCCCAGGCUUGCAAUCAUCAAGCUCUUCAUUAGCGACUGGCUAAAAUGCUUGAACGUGCGUAUCUUUGUUGGCACAUGUCUCUCCAUGAUGGUUCAUGACUCUUGACUGGGUCUUCUCACCUCGGUGCACGCCGACCAUGACAAAAAGGGCUAGUUGUGUUCGCUGAUGUGACCUUCCAGAACAUUUGCCUGUUCUAGAGACUGAUAUCGCACAGUCGCAUCCAGAUGGCAACCAGCGAUAUUGCAACAAUGUACUCGAUGUGCUAUAUAACUUGCAGAGGCCGUCCUGCUUCAAUGGCCUCAACAUAUCUCCAUCGUCCUCAUACAAACAAUUCGAACUUCAUUGUGAUAACAACAAAAUGCCUGUCGACAAUCCUGAGGUCAUCCAGGCCGGUGGUCUAAUAGACUUGCAAGGUCGCCGCGAGUCUGUGACCAAGGCUACUAGCGAGAAAGCUACCGCAGAUGGCCAAAAAAGAGACUCGAUAUACGACAAUCUACCCACCGAAGAUGAACUCGAAGGGCCAAAUGCUUUGCGCAGAGUUGCAGCCCCUAUUCCAUGGGCAGUAUACACUGUUGCGUUCGUUGAACUUUGCGAGCGAUUCUCCUACUAUGGCACCCAAGUCGUUUAUUCCAACUUUGUGAACCAUUCGCUGCCUCUUCCAGCUCCCUUUGGACCCUCCGGAUCCAAUCACAACACCGGAGCGGGCGGUGGUAGCGAUCAAGGGAUUUCCGGCGCCUUGGGCCAAGGUCUGCAGAUUGCCAAUGGCAUCAACACUUUCAACACCUUCUGGGUUUACUGUGUACCCCUUCUCGGCGCAUAUAUUGCAGAUGAACACCUCGGCCGCUACAAGACCAUUUGCGUCUCCAUCGGCAUCGCCAUCCUUGGCCACAUUGUCCUUGUGCUAAGCGCAAUUCCUCCUAUCAUCACUCACCAAACAACCUGUUUUGCAGUGUUCAUGGUCGGCUUGAUCAUCAUGGGGUUGGGCACUGGCGGCUUCAAGCCCAACAUUUCUCCACUUGUUGCUGAACAGAUAGAUGUCCCCGUGGCUUACGUCAAGCGGCUGCCGACUGGCGAGCGUGUCAUUGUGGACCCUAUCAUCACACAAAGCCGAAUCUACCAUUAUUUCUACCUGUUCAUCAACAUCGGGGCAUUGGUUGGUCAGAUCGGUAUGGUAUAUGCCGAGAAGUAUGUCGGCUUCUGGCUUUCCUUCCUGCUGCCCACUCUGAUCUUCCUCACCACGCCGUUCAUCAUGUGGUGGGGACGUAAGAGGUAUACACAGCGACCUGCCUCGGGCUCUGUUGUGUCCAAAGCUUUCCGCGCUCUUUUCUUCGGCAUGAAAGGGCGGUGGUCAUUGAACCCCUGGACAAUGUGGAAGCGCACCCAUAACGGCUCUCUAUGGGACGCAGUCAAGCCCUCCAACAUCCCCGUGUCCCAGCGACCCGCGUGGAUGACGUUUGAUGAUGCUUGGGUGGAUGAAGUUCGACGAGGCUUCGCGGCGUGUGCCGUCUUCUCCUGGUACCCUCUGUAUUGGCUGGCGUAUGGUCAGCUCACCAACAACUUUACUGCCCAAGCAGGAACUAUGGCCUUGCACGGGGUACCAAACGAUAUUGUCAACAAUCUUGACCCGUUGGCGCUGAUCAUUCUGAUCCCCAUCUGCGAUUCCUUCCUCUACCCCGGGCUGCGAAAGAUGGGUAUUCAUUUUAGUGCCAUCAAGAAGAUUGCCGUGGGAUUUUGGACGGCAGCCGCUGCCAUGGUGUGGGCGGCAGUUGUCCAAUACUACAUCUACAAGAAGUCACCUUGUGGAUACCAGGCCAACAGCUGCUACAAGGAUGAUGGCUCCGUCGAUCCGGCGCCACUCAACGUGUGGAUCCAAAGUGGCUGUUAUGUUCUCAUCGCCCUGUCGGAGAUCUUUGCAUCCAUCACAUCACUCGAGUACGCAUACUCCAAGGCGCCCAAGAACAUGCGGUCGUUGGUCCAAGCUAUUGCGCUCUUUACCAACGCCAUCUCGGCCGCCAUUGCCGAGGCACUAAAUCCUCUGUCUGACGACCCUCUGCUGAUCUGGAACUACGGGGUAUUUGCCGUGGUUGCCUUCAUUGGUGGAUGUAUCUUUUUGGUACAGUUCUGGAGUCUCGACAAGGAAGAAGAUGCACUCAAUCUGCUUCCUGAAGGCCAUGUGGUGGUUGCCAAGGAUGAGGAGCAGAGCUCCAUCAAUCAACAGACUCCACCGACGACGACCAACGAGAAGUGGUAGAGACUGAAACGACGCGAGGCGGUUCAAUAGAGAGCCGAGCACGAGUCUGGGAGGAACGCAGUCAUGAAUUGCAUAUGAAGCCAAGGAUAAACGACAGGGAUUGGGCGUUACGAGGGAGUCGUACAAGAUAUCCGGAUGCAUUGGGGCCAAGAGUUUUGUACAUUCACAUUUAUUUGCAUGAUAGAUCUCUUAGACUUGUCAGGCGUUGGUAUGCAUGUCAUUUCAAAUCAUG